GCCACCCGGCUUCCGCCCGGGCUUGGCGUCGGCUCAGUCCCCACCCGGCCGCGGGCGCGAUGGCGGGGGCCGCACUGAGGGUCGCCGGGAGGCAGCUCAGCCAGCACAGCGGCUCUGGAGUCCCCAUUCUCCUACGGCAGAUGUUUGAGCCCAAGAGCUGCACCUACACGUACCUCCUGGGUGACAGAGAGUCCCGUGAGGCCAUUCUGAUCGACCCGGUUCUGGAGACAGCACCUCGGGAUGCCCAGCUGGUCAAGGAACUGGGGCUGCGACUGCUGUAUGCUGUGAAUACCCACUGCCACGCGGACCACAUUACGGGCUCAGGGCUGCUCCGGUCCCUACUCCCCGGCUGCCAGUCUGUCAUCUCCCGCCUUAGUGGAGCCCAGGCUGACUUGCACAUUGAGGAUGGAGACUCCAUCCACUUCGGGCGCUUCAAGGCUUCUCUCCUGUUGAUUUACUCACCUCUGAGCUUUCCCUUCCCAGGCUGUGCUAAGACCUUGUACCACUCAGUCCACGAAAAGAUCUUCACGCUUCCAGGAGACUGUCUGAUCUACCCUGCUCAUGAUUACCGCGGGCUCACAGUGUCGACCGUGGAGGAGGAGCGGACUUUGAACCCGCGGCUCACCCUCAGCUGUGAGGAGUUUGUCAAGGUCAUGGACAACCUGAACUUGCCCAAGCCUCAGCAGAUAGACUUUGCUGUUCCAGCCAACAUGCGCUGUGGGAUCCAGACUCCCCCUUCCUGACCCGGCUUUGUCAGGUGCUCAUUUCUGUUAAGAAUGCACUAGGUGGGGUACAGAGAGAGGUGCCAUCGCCAGGCCUCUCUUCUUCCCCUCCCUCACCAGCCCCUGAGCUUCUUAAAUAAAUAAAAUAUAUAUAUAUAUAUA